AUACUCAGUGUAAUUUCACGUUGUAUAGCAUUAUUAUGAAACAAAAGUUUCCAAAUUGAAGAGAUGACAUAGCAUGUUCAAUUUCACAACCCCUUAAUUGGAAAUUGAACAAUUUUAUCACUAUAUACCCAAAUUUACCUACUCUGUUGCACUAACUCACCAAACAUCUCUUCCAUUUUUAUUUUUUUUUAUGUAAAACACAAUAUUAGAUUAGACAUUCCACUUGACUUCUAUUUGCAAAUAAACCACAAAAAUGUUUAUCUGGCCCACUUUUUUUAGCUCAUAAUUUUUUCUUGUUUUAUUUAUCAAAAUUUUGUUUUUAAAAUAAGGGGUGUGGGUUGCUGUCAAAUACAGGAAAAUUUAAAUUUGAAAUCUCUGAGGCUUUAGUUUUUUGGAAGUUACUUGAUGAGCAGCUGCUCUUUUUUUUUUUUGCUGAUUCUGCAGGCAAAAGGCUAUUGAAAUUUAACUAUCUACCUUUAUAACUUCCUUCUAUUUAAAAAGUGAACCAACUUUUCAAGUCCAGACCAAAACUUCUUCAAUCAUGAAAAUAGAAACUAGUAUGGCAAAAUCCCCUAUUGGAAAUUCAACAAGGCGCAGCGACGAUUGCGAUUUUAACCUUAGAGAAUGGACUCUUAAGGCCAAAAUUAGCAGAGAAAACACAAAUUCAAGAAGAUUUUCAGCUUCUUAUAUUACAAGUUUUAGAGAAGAUGCAAAAUCUUUUAGAUCAAACAUUUCCAUUUCUAGUACUGCUUCUUCCCCUGGCUACAUCACCUUAAGAGAUGAAAUAGAUCCAUCAACUUAUUCUUUUACCACUGCCCUUAAAGCAUUGCAGGCAAAAACAACAUAUAGUUGGGAAUACAUGUCACCAGAUGGAUUGUGUUUAAACUCGAAAUGGAAUGAAGCUGAGAAAUAUAUAUGCAAUCCUUUAUCAGGGGAAGUUCCAUUAGAAUGUUUAUCAGCAAAAACACUAAGUGGAAGAUCGUUUCGACAAUUAACGAAUAAAAUCACCAUGUCUGCACCUUUGAUCUAUCCUUCACAAUUCCGUCCAAAACCUCCUACAAAACGUGAAUUACAAAUCCAAAUUCCAACCAAAGAGAAGGUUAGCAUUACAAGAGAUGUGGGAACACAGAGUAGUACUCCAGCUAAUUACUUAAGUUCAAAGAGUCCAAGUCCUGCUCGUACUCCAUCCAUCGAGGAAAGAGCAACAAAACGUUGUGUAGCUGAUGAUUCACCCAUGACUACUCCUGAACUCAAAUCUCAGGAAAAGGUGGAAGUGAAAGAAACAAGAGGGAAAGAAGACACAAAAAGAAAUGAGGAACAGCUGGAACUGGAGGGUGAGAGAAAUAAUAAUAAUAAUAAGCAGGAGCAGAAGAGUACUAAAUGCAGCAGGCAAGGAUGUUUGUCAAGAUUGUGCAUGAGACAAAAGCAGAAAGAGAAAAAACAUAGUAAAUCAAUAAAGAAGAAGAAGAAGAACAUCUUUUUUUGCCAUGAUAUAAAUGGAUGCUAAAUCUUAUAUUGUUUAAUAUAUUUCUCUCUUCUUUCUUAGAAGAUAGUACAACAAAAUCUAGCUAUAUAUGAGAGAAAUUUAAGUGCAAUCAGAACUCAAUAUAUAUAUCUGUUCUCUAAAGAUUCUUUUGCGUUCUAGUUGUAGCUAUGUUAUAUAUAUAUUCCUUGUAACACUUUAUUCAUCUGUUUGAAUCUGUUUAUCCUAAAAAAAA